UUGCUAUUUCUUCUUCCACCAUCAGUUCAUUCACUUCUUAUUGUUAAAGAAAAGAAACACAACAUUGUUUGUGCAUGUUGUGAUCGAUACCUACUUGUUAUUGGAUUCUUAUUAUUUAUAUAUUAUACCGACUUUUAUAUAUCUUCCGAUUAGAAAGAAGAUCCUCUCCAAUUGUUUCAAAUAUUACCAUACAAAGGAUUAUCACAUAUCCUUUUCCCCUCUUUCCGCCAAAUCCCUCCCAAGAACCAUACCCUCAAUUUACUAUUUUAUCGACCCACACUUCGUGACGAUAAGCUUUGAAACGGAAACGAGUCUCGGUUUGAAUACCCGCAGAUUAUUACGAGUACCUACCCAACAUUGGAAACUGGAACUAGAAGUUGGAACAAAUUACCUUGCCAUCCUUACAAGAGUUGUCACAAAAAUCCUUUUACAUAACAAACCUUUCUCUGCCUACUAUUCACUCAAUUUAUCCAACAUCCAACCUAGCCAACUUUUUGAGAAUUGGGAUCAGUCACAAGACGGACCUCGGACUCAUUUCGACCAUAUAAAAGCAUUUCCUCAUUUGCAGCAACAGUCUCUUGCAGCGGUGGACUGCAUGCCGAUGCAAGAUCAGUGCAAUAACAUAAAGAACACCGGCAACGGUGUGACCCGAGAUUCGGAACUUAAGACAACGGCAACGACUUCGAAUCCUGCCGUGUCCGUUUCAUUUUUACGCCGCAACCUUUCGACUAUUCUGUGUGUACUAUGAGUAGACAAUACGAAGAUCACACCACCGAUUCGAAGACCUCGAGCAAUCUCUCCCUCAACCCAUUACCCAACAUGUCUUCUCCAGCUCCAUUGUUACGCCCUCCAAUUCCAGGUAGUCGACAAAAUGGCGGCGCAAGGACACCUAGGUUGGGCCUGGCCAUACCACCUUCUCCUAAUGCUAAGCCCGUCAAUGCUCCUGCAACAAAAGGUCUCACACUUCAAAUGCCUGGCUCGAUGCCUGCGCGACCGGCAUUGCCUCGAUUACAACUAGCCACUCCUAUGGGAAGUAAUGCUACGCCAUAUGAACAAUCUGGAAGGGGUGCAGUUGCACCAGGACAAUCUGCAAGUGGAGGAAGCGAAAGUAGUGCAGCACAUUCAAGAUCAGGUAGCUUUGGGCCGAUGGAUGGGAAGGGAAGUGGUCCAACAUCUGCAGGUUCCCAGUAUUCUGCAUUCUCAUUAGCAUCGCAAUAUGGUUUGAGCAAGCCGCAAGGUACACCCGAUCCGUCAUCAGCUGUAGGCUCAUUAUAUUCGGAGAGGAGCGAGGGAGGUGUGGGCAUGGAGCGGGAUGGCAGCAUGAACGGACUUGAAGCAUUCGACAAACUUAGCUUAGAAAAAGGGAGAACAUUAGAUGUCGAAGAUUUAGAUGACGAUGGAUGGCGGAUAGCAAGUAUGGAGAAGAGGAUUGAGGAACUCGGAAGCUUGGGAGAGGGAGCAGGAGGUGCAGUAACUCGAUGUAUGCUGAAGGGUGGAAAGACCGUCUUUGCGUUAAAGAUCAUCACCACAAAUCCCGAUCCUGAUGUCAAGAAACAGAUUGUCCGUGAAUUGGGUUUCAACAAGGGUUGUGCUAACGAACACAUCUGUCGCUACUACGGAGCUUUCGUAGAACCAUCGACGGCUACCAUUUCCAUUGCUAUGGAAUUUUGCGAAGGUGGUUCUCUCGACUCAAUCUAUCGUGAAGUAAAGAAACUUGGUGGUCGCACUGGUGAGAAGGUCCUCGGAAAGGUUGCCGAAGGUGUCCUAAACGGUUUGACCUACCUCCAUGGGAAGAAGAUCAUUCACCGAGAUAUCAAACCUUCCAACAUUCUCCUGUGUCGCGAUGGUCAAGUAAAACUAUGUGAUUUUGGGGUAAGUGGUGAGUUCGGUACAAAGGGUGAUGCAAAUACCUUCAUUGGAACAUCAUACUACAUGGCGCCUGAACGUAUUACGGGUCAAUCAUACACCAUCACUUCCGAUGUCUGGUCAACUGGUGUAACACUUUUGGAAGUAGCCCAACAUCGCUUCCCAUUCCCAGCAGAUGGAUCGGAAAUGCAACCUCGUGCUGGAUUGAUCGACCUUUUAACAUACAUCGUUCGACAACCUAUUCCAAAAUUGAAGGACGAGCCCGAUGCCGGCAUCAAAUGGAGUGACAGCUUCAAAUACUUUAUCGAGUGUUGUCUCGAGAAAGACCCUACUCGUCGUGCCUCACCUUGGCGAAUGUUAGAACAUCCAUGGAUGGUCGAGAUGCGAGGCAAACGUGUGAACAUGGCACACUUCCUAGCCACCGUAUGGGGCUGGUGAUCUAACUUCAUGAAUCAUUCUACGACGUUAUUAUCGCAAAGUCUAUCCGAUAUCAGAGGAUGGAAUAGCAAACCAAUGUGGACCAAAUCUACUUGGCGACGAGAAAAAAAAAAGCCAAAGCACACCAUGAUGAUAUAUUACACACAACGACCUUGAGCCCUGACGAUACGAGACGAUUACGCUAUUACAUGAAAUUCUACCAGAUAUGAGAAAGAUCUACACCAUAGUUUUAUCAUCAUACCAUCCAUCUACCUAUACUUUCCCUUUGUAUCAACCACCUCCCUUCACCUCGCAAUCUACAAUCAUCUGCAUUUACCGGCGUCGCCAUGUUUUUCUUCCUCUUGAAUCGGGUUCGGCGAAGCGGCUUCUUUUUUUGGGUAUAGGAGAAAUGGUUUUGGGAAGCAUCGAGAGUGAGCGAAACUGAGCGGAUGAAGGGGAUGCAAUUUGCGUAUGCGAAUGAGUAGCAACUGUUGAAGGCUUCUCGUUCCAAUUGUACUACUUACAUAUUCUUAGUUAUCCACCGACCUACCAAUCUAUCUAUACAUUUAUCUAUAUUUGAAUCUCUUAUGGCAUAACAUCAUGUGCUUGAAUUCUAUCAUGGCGAUGCCGUA